UACAUUUUUGCGUUAUGCAGCGGUCGAAAUAGAAAGGAUACCAGAAGGUGAAAGUGCAAGAUGAGGUAGUGAAAUCAUGUGAUAGUUAUGUGACGACAGAGACGUAUAUUGCUCUUGUCCUGAUGUUUACAAGAACAAUGGCGUAUCAGCUUGCACCCCUGCUCACCUCGGUCCUCCUGGUGACGCUCUCGGGGGCGUACGCCGAGGAUCCCGCCGCCGACCUGCGGCGGAUGGCGGUCAUCACCUCGCUAAUACCUGCCGUGCCGCCAUCGGCGAACCGUGGGGCCUGGGCAAGCUCGGAAGCUGUGAACUUCACGGCCGCCUUCCGCGCCACAGAGAACGGCACCCUCCAGCUCAGCGUGGGGAUCCUGGACAACGUCACAAGAGAAGAAAUGUUCUCGGAGUGGGUCGACUUGGGCUCGCCUAGCUCCAGCGUCAAGGUGGUCUCUAACCCAUCUGCCACCUACACCGUCAACAAGACCAUCCAGGUGUUUGUGCAGUGCUCAGAUGGACAGGUGUACUACCUGGAACAGAUGCCCAAACAUGCCGUGUACUUCGUCACCUGGUACAGCCUCCCCGGGAGCCUGCCUGUAGACAGGGCUGCAUGGUUGGUGGGGAGGGAUUCUGUGAGUGCACUGAUGUGGAAGGGCAAGGUGGCUGUGUUUGUGAGGUCCAUGCAGGUGGCAUCUCACCUGUACUGGUGUACAGGUGUCGCAAGAAGCUUCACUCCCUGGCAGGACUUGGGCGGAAACUUGGCCACAGAUGCGACGGUUGUGUACAACCCGUUCUCAGGUUACAUGGAGGCCUACGCAGUUCUGAGCGACGGAAAAGUGAACCGUAAAGACCAGGUGCACAAUGACAAGUGGCAAGACUGGACUGUCUUAGGCUUCAGCCAGCCUGACAUGGUGAACACAUCCCGCCCGGCUGCACAUGCCAUGAGUGAGACCAUCUUCCAUGGCAUGACGGAGGUGUUUGCCCUGGGGGCUGAUGGGAAGAUCAAGCACAUCUGGCAGACCACAUGUGACAAGGUGGUGAACCCAUGGGGGUACUGCACCUGGGGUCUGUGGGGAAACAUAGCAGGUAGUUUGUCCAACAACAUACCGGCAGUGUACGGCCACGCCAUGGACAGGCCACAGCCACGAGGACAGGUCAAUGUGCUCGCCCCCGGACACAACGUCCACCUGGGAAAUGAGGUCUUCUUUGUCGGCAAGAAUGGCAGCCUCUGGCACGUUUGGCAGCUCCUCCGAGAUGACAUUUGGAAUGGACCCAACCUGAUUGGCCGGCCGGAUGAGGGGGAGAUCGCAUCUCUGCCAACCAUCACGCAGGACAAGACUGGAGGCUGGUGGAAGGCAUAUGUCAUCACUACAGAGUGGAACGUUGGGAUUGUUGCUCAGCAGAAGAACCUGUCCCUCUCCGUGGAGCGAAUGGCCUCAGGCUCCAACCUGACGGUGUCCUGGCAUGUUCCUGCAGACGAGGCUGCCGGGGCAGACUGGAUCGGUGUCUACAGACAGGGUGACAGCGAGAACAGGAACUAUCUGGACUUCAGAUAUGUUCAGGGUGGCCAGAAUCCGAAGCAGCCUCCAGUGCCCAAGGGCUCUGUAACCAUGGCGAUGUACCUUCCCGAUGGUAAAUACAACCUGCGCUACCUGGUCAACAGGAAGUUCUCUGAUGUCAUCACCACAGGUGUUGAUGUUUAUGGUGGACCACAGGAUGAGAACUGGGUACAGCUGUAUCAGGGCAUGGCUAUAGGGCUGGGGAAGGAAGGACUCAACAUCACCCUGUGUGUCAAAGAUGGAGAGGACACCGUCAAGAAGUUUGAGCAAGCCUGGGAGGCUUUCUUGCAGAGGGAGUUCUGGGAGGGUCUGAAGUUGCUAGGCGUGGCCCUUGACGACCUGGUGAUUGCCCUGGUGCAGUGUGAGGAGACUGCCAUAGGAGAGGCCCUGAGGAAGUUCGUCAAAGAUCUUCUGAACUGUGCCACUGCUCAACACUGCACCAGUUUUGUGGUGGAUCUGGUUGAAGAAACAGAAAUCUGGUUCAAAGAUAGCUACGAGAUUUUUGGAGACAUCCGAGCAGCCUCCAACAACUUCCGCCUGCUGAAGGCUUACAAGCAGGGUGGUGUGUGUGUGGGCAGGGUGGUCAAGGCUUGUAUCAACGUGGAUAGCAAUAUCACUAAGGCUCUGGUAUAUUGAGUCUUAGGUUGAAACUCUGCUGAAUUUAAUAGUUUGAACUGUGCUGGUCAAUGGUGAAAGCCCCUAACAUGUAGCUAUGUUAAAUACAUGUCCAGAACAUGUUGCAGCAUGUAAACUAGCUUAUUGGCAACUGACCACAAUUUUUUCCCCAGUAUUUGUUGAAUUAUACUCGUUUAAAUGGUUAGUCAAGACCUUGGCCAUCAUGUACAUUAGGGCAUCAUGGGUUAGCUGGUUAUGUUUAAAUAGUAUAAAGAGAGGUGUUAUUAUGCAAUGCAAUGCAAUACAAUGCAAACUUGUAAUUUCCGUAUUUUUUUAUAUUUAUGCUAUGGUGAAGAGGUGGUUUUAUUUGUAAUUAAUUUGUUGACUGUCAGAAGGUCACCAACUUUCAAAAUUGCCAGAGAGUCAAGCAUAUUUUUUGCCUGAAAAGCUUUUAAUGAUACUGGAUGGGGUUCAGUGACCUACAAUUGUACAAUAUUGACUGGUUUCUAAAGGUCAAUGAUUGGGAGAACAUCAGCUGUACUGUUACCAAAAAUGUCCUUUCAGAGUUUGCAGUCUUUGUGAUACUGGCUUUAAAGUUGUUAUUGUCAAACAGGCUGUACUUAAAACUUUUAGUAACUGUAACAGUAGCAGAUUGUGAAAAUGCCACUGUAACAAGCUAGAAUUGACUGUAUGUGCAUAAAGUCAAUGAUGUUAUCAGGCAUUUGGACCAAAUGGUAAUAACCUUAAUGUAUGUAAAGCUGAUCCUUUAGCUGGAAAUGAAUAGAAGGUACAAUUGUCACUAAGUAAUGUAAGGGAUCUUCAUCUGAUGUUGUCAACCACUAUACAACCAGCAACUUAGACAUACCCCUGGUAUCAAGCUCUAAGUUAUGGCAAAAAAACAUGAAGCCAAAUAAAGCUGUAAUGUUACAGUAAUGUACAAUCAUAAUGCUGCAGAAUGUUAAUAUGUAUUCAAUGAUUAUAGCAAGUCUCAAGUAGAAACACCUUGCAACAACAAUGGUACUGUGCAUGUCAAACUGCAUAUUGUCCAUGAAAAUCUACGGUAAGUUAGUCAACCCUGGUUGUAUGUAAAAUUAAAUGAAACAAAAGAAG